GCGGAGCGGAGCUCCACUCUUGGCCCGCCCCCGCCGCGCAGCCCGGCCCCUGCGGCCGCCCGCGGCCAUGUGCGCCGGGGCGGAGCGGCGCCGCGGGAGCCGCAGUCAGCGCCUGCCGCGGGGAUGCUGCGCUACAGCUCGGGGCUCACGGUCACCGCCACCACCCCCCGGAGGCCGCCCGGCGACGGCGGCCGCGCCCGGCGGAAGAUGAAUGUCUGUAGGUUACGCUUGACUGUACCUCCUGAUGAAGGCUCACAGCCUGAACAGGGAGCAAAGGAACCUGAAAGAAAGAAAAACGAGCUCUACCAUGUACCUAAUGGCAUGUCUCCAGGGAAGCUCUCUCAUGGGAUGGUGUAUGGUGUUGUGCACCGAACUGACAACAACCAUAAGAGAGAAAUGGUGGUUUAUGGCUGGUCAGCUGAUCAGCUGAAAGAGGAGAUGAAUUACAUUAAAGAAGUUAGAGCAACUCUGGAAAAAGUAAGAAAGAAAAUGUAUGGCGAAUACGAUGAAAUGAAACGAAAAAUACAGCAGCUUACAAAUGAACUGAAAGUGACAAAUGCUCAUCAGGAAUCCUUAGAGAAUCAUGUGCGAGUGCAGGCUGCAGCCUUAGAUAGCUUUAGUGAAAUGAACAGCUCCUUGACAUCAGCAUCAAUAGACUUGCAGAAAACUCUAGUUGACGUUACAUUGGAGAACACUGAUAUAAGGGAACAAAUAAGGAAUUUAAAACAUACGCAUGAACAAUCUAUGGAAAAGCUGAGAGAGAAGCAAAAGCAACUGGAAACAGCACAAAUAGAAAACCAGUUACUGAAAUUAAAGGUGGAAUCAUCGCAGGAAGCCAAUGCUGAAGUCAUGAGAGAGAUGACAAGAAAACUGUACAAUCAGUAUGAGGAAAAAAUGCGAGAAGAGGAGCAGAAACAUAAAGCUGAGAAAGAAAUCCUCCUAGAGGAAACAAAUCGGCUUCUGAAGGCUAUUGAAGAGGCAAAUAAGAAGAUGCAGAUUACAGAAACAAGCAUACAGGAAAAAGACCAGAGAAUUGGUGAGCUGGACCGGCUGAUUGAACGCAUGGAAGAGGAACGUCACCAGCUGCAAAAACAACUUGAACUGAAUGAAAUGCAAAUAUCUGGAGCAAAAUCCGAAAACAACUCCGACACUGAAAGGUCACAGCAUUUGGAGGAGGUAGCAGCUAGCCUAAGAGAGCGAAUCAAACAUCUGGAUGAUAUGGUCCACUGCCAACAGAAGAAAGUCAAGCACAUGGUUGAGGAGAUUGAAAUGCUAAGGAAGAAAGUGAAAGAAAAGGAAUUAUUCAUAGUACAGCUUUUAGAAAAAAUCUCUUUCUUAGAAUGUGAGAAUAAAGAAUUACAAGAUAAACUGGACUACUUAAUGGAAAACCAACCAAAGACCAAUAUAGAAACUAGAGAGACUGGUGUAGGAUGUGAUCUCCCAUACAGGAAAUUCAUUGGAAGGCUUCCCGACAAGGGUAAGAAGGUCUCCGACUUUGUGGAAAAGCUGAAGCUUGCCAUUUCACAGGAAGAAGAAGUAGCAAGGACAGCUGAGCUGUUAUCUGCAGUUAGGCUGGAGUUUCAGGUGAAGCAGGAUGAGAUUAAUGCAAACAAACAGCAAGCUGUCCUAAAGGAGGACAGACUAAACCAUGAAGAUUCCACAGUCUUUAAUGAAAACUCUAAUACUAAAGAAGUUUCUGAGAUUUCUUCCCAGAGGCAGGAGGCAGAAUGUGUUGCACACGAUGCCACAAAUACAGCACUGGAAAAUCAAAGGACUUGGAGGAAAAAUGAAGAAUUAAAGACUGUUACAGAAGAUCAGUAUCUGCUUUGUGAAGCUGUCUCCAAGUCAGACACAAGCAGUCAGCUGAAAAAUGAGCAGAUACCGCGUAGCAAAUCUGAGGAUGGCACAGAAAGUGCAGGUGCUUUGGACAACAGUAAAGAUGAGUUGGUUGAUGCCUUUCAAAAAGUUACAAUUGUAGGUGGGGAUGAUGGUGAAAAAGUAUUGGAAAAAGAGCACAAUGUGGCUAAACAUAAGGGGAGUAUCUUUGGAAGCCUGCACCCCAAGACUCCACAUUAUAUUGAAGUUCUAGAGUCUAGAGCCAAGAACCCAGUCAUAAAGAAAAGCAAAUUUAAAACAAAUGUAUUAUCAGGAGAGCAGACCGGAUCAUUGCGUGGUUCCGCAUCCAGUCAGUCACCUGGGGCAUGUGGCUCUCCAAUUACCACUGAAGAAAGACGACUUAGAGAUAAGAAGCAUUUGAAUGAGAUCACAGCAGCUCGGCUGCCACCACUUCACCAUUCUCCUACUAAGCUGCUAUCCAUAGAGGAAUCCAUAGCAAUUCAGAUACAGCAAAAAGCAGUUUAUGAGGAAAUGCAAGCCAAGCUUGCAGCACAGAAGCUUGCAGAGAGAUUGAAUAUAAAAAUGCUCAGGUUUGAACCAGAAGGGGUUCUGCAAUACAGAGAUGGAAGAGAUGAAGAUUAUUCUUCAGCAGAGGACUGAAUUCAAGCAGGGAUGUCUGUGGAUGAGCUACGUAAUUGAUCUUUAUGCAGUACUUCUUAAAACCCAAACCUGGAUAUUGAGAAUGCUUUAUCUAGUAGUUGUUUUCUUAAAAUGUUAACGUUACAGCGAUGGGCAGGUUUCAGUAUAAACCUCAUAAAUGUGUUAUUAAGUGAUAACCCUGGUGUUAUUUGAGGACUCUUUUUUGAGCACUUGGGGCAGUUAAUCCUUGUGGAGUGCCCCAUAGUUUUCAACUACAGCCAAGUGAACUCUUUAAUACACUUUUGCAGGCUGUGAUGAGUCACCUACAAGAGAAAGUUCCUUCUGUGCAGAAAUGCAGUUGCACAGGGCAUUGGCACACAUGUUCAUAAAGUAAACUAGAGUGUCUGUGAACUGCUCGCACACAGGAAAGCUCUUGUCUUGUAUAAAUGUGAGAUACUUCUUCUGUCUAUUGAAGAUUAUCUUGUUUUUACCGUAUGGUGAAAAUACAUGCCGUACAUCUACAGUAAAUAAGUGAUAGGCUGUAAGUUAGCUUCUUAUCACACAAGAGCUUGUUUUUCUCUGCCUGCACCUUAAAAUAACACUUUCUGUCCUUAUGUUAUAAAUAGGUAAGAAUUUCAAAUUAUUUUGUAACUCAAAUUCUGUUUGGGCUUUAAGGGACUCUGCUGUUUCAUUUUUGGUUGUUACUGCAAAGCACGUCAAGACAUCAAGUUACUGUGAAGACUGGCCUUUUUAUUAAAGGUCUUGGUGGGUUUCCAUGUUUUUGCAAACUGCUUUAAUAUUUUGAAUACUAUUUUUUCCAUAGUUCAAAUAUGUAAAUUAAGAGAUCCGUCCUCUGGUGUUCUUCGAGAUGAUGUUCUGUAUGUGUUGAAGUUUUAGCUUUCUUUGAAGAUAAAGAAAAUAUUCUU